CCGACGACCUCGGUCUGUUUGUCCUGUUUGCAUGCGACGGCCUAACUUUAUGGCCAGACAGCAACACUGAAACACUCCAACCCAUAAGACAACAUACGCCCAACUCUCUCCAACCUAGUCGCAUAACAACCAAAACACUUUCACGGAACCGCCAUAUCGCCGACAUCCUCGAAACCGUCCCUUUCGCCGAAACCAUCAGACCAGCGGUCAACGCCGCAUACAAACGGACCUCACGAGCGGGCGGACAAUACACAGGGAGAACAACAUGGGCGGCUACUUAUCGACGUUUACAAAGCUGAUAUGGGCGAAGAAGGAGAUACGGAUAUUGAUUCUGGGGCUGGAUAACGCUGGAAAGACAACGCUACUAUACAGACUGAAGAUUGGCGAGGUAGUCACAACGAUACCAACAAUAGGCUCCCUCCCAAUCACCCACAACCACCAUCUAACACUCCCCACCCAGGACCUCGGCGGCCAAACCUCCAUCCGCCCCUACUGGCGCUGCUACUACGCCAACACGGCGGCCGUAAUCUUCGUAAUCGACAGCACAGACAUCGAGCGCCUAACCACCGCGUCGGAAGAACUCCGCGGCAUGCUCAACGAAGAAGAGCUGCGCGACGCCGCCCUCCUCGUCUUCGCAAACAAACAAGAUCAGCCGGGUGCAAAGGGCGCGGGAGAGAUCAGCGAGGCGCUCAAGUUGGGGGAGCUGAAAGACCGGAAUUGGAGUAUUGUGGCUUGUAGUGCGGUGGAUGGAAGGGGUGUCCAGGAGGGUAUGGAUUGGCUGGUGGGGAAUGUUGGGGAGCAGAGUUAGGAGGGGUGCUAUGGAAUGGGAGGGGGAUAUACAUGGGAUGAGGAUGAGACGGGUAGCGGGGACAUAUGACGCGGCAUACACGCGUCAGAAGGGAUUAUUAUACCAGCAUAGUGGCGUCCCGGCGCUAGGGUUGUGAAUACGGGGGGUUAGCGUCAGUAAUUGCAUGCGCGUUCUUGA